ACCUUCAUGAUGUGGGUUGUCAAGGCAACAGGUCUAUAGUCACUGAGCAAGUAUGGGUGAAACAAAAUUGUUUUAUUCUAUUCACACGAAAACACUGUUGUUUGUAGGCUUAGGAGUUAAUUUGUUACUUUCAGUCAGUAAUAACAGUAAAAUAUGCCAAGAUUAAAUACAACAAUAUAUUAUUGUAUAAACAAUUACAAAAUAACUGAAGGCUAAAUACAGAGAAACAAGUGUUGGAAAGGACUAAUGAAGACCCAGAGAGGUAUGGGUCCAGGUUAGUCCUUUCAUUCUCUGGUUGAAGGGGAAGACAAAAAGCACCAUGAGGUCCAAAGUUCCUGAAGGUGAGACGAUGAAAAACUAACAGAGGAAACCAAGAGAAUCUGCUUUUUUAAAGCGUUCCAUCUGGUUCUGCUCGGCCCAAAUGAAUCUGAUCCCACGCUCAGCAUCUGAAGAUCCUAUUAACGCCCAAGUGUCAUCACGUGACACCACUUUGGACGCGAGGACCCGUUUCAUUGGCUGAACGCUCCAAUUCACGAAACGAUGCGUACAUGUUCUUCCUGUUGGUCACUGAAUCUGAAGUUUGAGUCCUGGGUUGUAGAGCUGAGCCGAACCGAGUCAGGGGGGAUCAUAGCGUCACUCCGCGGACACGCGCUUAGCACUGCACGGAGCCGCGCGUCCACGUUCAGCAGGGAGCAGAUUGUCCUGUGAGACAAAAUGAGUGAAAACACAACGGACACGAGCACGCUGUGCCUCUUUGAUGUUGACGGCACGUUGACGGCCGCGAGACAGAGCGUGACUCCAGAAAUGAAAGACUUCCUGGAGAAGCUGAGGAGUCGGGUCCGAGUCGGAGUGGUUGGAGGGUCGGAUCUCAGUAAGAUCAAAGAGCAGCUGGGAGAAGAUGUCAUCCAGAAAUCGGACUACGUGUUCGCUGAGAACGGCCUGGUGGCCUACAGGAGCGGACAGCUUCACUCUGUCCAGUCCAUCCAGGCCCACAUGGGAGAGGAGCUGCUGCAGGAUUUCAUCAACUUCUGUCUGAACUACAUGGCCAAGAUCAAACUGCCCAAAAAACGAGGAACCUUCAUUGAAUUCCGUAACGGGAUGCUGAACGUCUCUCCCAUCGGACGCAGCUGCACCCUGGAGGAGCGGAGGGAGUUUUACGAGCUGGAUCAGAAGGAGAAGAUCCGAGAGAAGUUUGUUUCUGUGCUAAAGGAGGAAUUCAAAGGAAAGGGGCUGUCGUUUUCCAUCGGAGGGCAGAUCAGCUUCGACGUGUUCCCCGACGGCUGGGACAAGAGGUACUGUCUGGACAUCGUAGAGAAGGACAACUACUCAACCAUCCACUUCUUUGGAGACAAAACCAAACCUGGAGGAAACGACUACGAGAUCUUCAGCGACCCUCGGACCGUCGGCCAUGAAGUGUCGUGUCCUGAAGACACGCUGCAGCUCUGCGAGGAGCUUUUCUUCUCCUAAGAGCGAAGCUGGAGUUCCUCUCGCUGCAGCAUCUGGUCCCUUUUCUAACAAACACUGAGGAGAACACUGAGCAGAACCAUGGACCGUGGGGCCGGACAGCACCAGCUGGGAACCGUUCUACACGUCAUCUGGAGUUUGGGAGGUGAACCAAAGGUGCACGUGUGUUCACUGUAAACUAAGGAGCUGUUACCGGUUCCUGAGGCACUUUAAUGUAACAAACUUUAUUCUGUAAAAUCUGUCAACCAAAUAAAAAGAGAACGAUGCAUAAA